AGGAAAUCUGAUCUGCUGCAGCACGGAAACAUCAGUGAUGACCAUGGCGAGACAAAUUCCUUAGGGAGCUGCCUUUGUCCUCUAGGUUUGUAAGCCAAGUGUUCAUGAUAUGAUUCAGCUGUCUUAUAGGGAUCAACAACCCCCUUGUGAAUAAUGGUUAAAAACGGAUCCCAACUCGACGUUGAAACACUGGCAAUGCUCCAGAAUAAAGCCAUCUCCAUCACCCUCCCAGUUGUGUAUACACUGGUGGCUUUGAUCAGUAUCCCUGGCAACUUGUUCUCCCUUUGGGUGCUCUGCUGUCAUAUCAAACCCAAAACACCUUCUGUUAUCUUCAUGAUCAACCUAAGCAUCACGGAUCUCAUGCUGGCCAGCUGCUUUCCCUUCCAGAUUUCUUAUCACAUCCAAAGCAAUCACUGGAGCUUUGGCAAGACUCUUUGCAGCCUUGUGACUGUGAUGUUCUACUCCAACAUGUAUUCUUCCAUACUGACCAUGACCUGUAUCAGCGUUGAGCGGUACAUGGGUGUGGUAUAUCCCAUGAAGCUGAUCAAGUGGAGAAGAAAAAGAUAUGCCCUGGCUACCUGCCUAGGUAUGUGGAUUUUCUUGCUACUAGCCUUCUACCCACUGGAAAGCACAGAUCUGACCUAUGAAGUGAAAGAAUUGGGGAUUAUAACCUGUUUUGAUGUCCUCAAAUGGGAUAUGCUGCCUGGCUUUGCAGCCUGGGUAGCCUUUCUCCUCACAUUAUUUUUCGUGCUCUUCCUGAUCCCUUUUGUUGUAACAGUUGCAUGCUAUAUUGGCACCAUUCGGAAGCUUAUUCAGACAUCAAACAGAUAUGGUAACAGGCAGAAGACUAGAUCCAUAUACCUGGCGAUGAUAGUCCUUCUGGUAUUCAUCACCUGCUUUGCUCCCAAUAACUUUAUUCUACUUGUGCAUAUGAUCAUCCGCCUAUUUUAUGACAGAAGUUUGUACCCUGCCUACAAGCUCACCUUGUGCUUCAGCUGCCUCAACAACUGCAUAGAUCCCUUCAUUUAUUAUUUUGCAUCCAAAGAAUUUUACCAGAAAUUCAUGCAACUGUUUCGCCCUAAGGUACUGCUCAGUGACAGUCUGGAAAACAGAAGGGAAAGCUUAUUCUCUGGCAGGACCAUGUCAGCCAGAUCAAUGUCAAGCGGACCAAUGGAUGGGUUAGAGGGAGUAAAGGUCUAUUUGCAAAGGCAAGAAAGUGUUUUUUAGCCUUAGACAUCCUCAGAAGAAAGGCAGCUGUGAGGUCCAUGAGCAGAAACAGAAAACCUUCCUUUCUGAAUGGCUACCCUCAAAAUACCUUGCUCCAGCGACAGAACUCAAGCCAUACUUAUAUUGUGCACCCCACUUCAAUAUUUUUUUGGUGAGAAAUGGAAGCGUUAAAGGAACUGAGUUUAUUCAAGAAGGCACUGAAGCAAACCUAACAUUGUUAAUUAGGGUUUGGCCCGGAAUUAGUCCUACUGAAUGAAACCAAUGUUUUGUUUAGAACAAAAAUUACUUUCAGGGUGUGUGAUCUCAGUGUUUAAUCAAAGGCUUGUGAUUCACAUUGAAUGUGAAAGAUUACUGUAUAUGAAUUAGAGCAUACACUGAAAUUGGAUUUGGGGUAGGGGAGUUAUUUUUCUAAGCAAUGUGCUGGGUUUUUUUUGUUUGUUUUUGUUUAAUGUAUUGCUUUAUCUCCUGCUGUAUUUCUAUAAAAGAAUGAAUAAAAAUAGCUUGUCUUUUUAUCAUUAAUGCAUAAUGCAUAGCCACUGUGGAUUCACCACAACAGUCACCCAGCUGUUUAUCAGAA